AUGGAAGAAAACGAGCUGCUUGAUCAAGAGCAUGUCUGUGCGUCUCAAAGAUCCCACUUUGAGCACAAGGACCAGUUUCUGAGCUUUGUAAAUGCUAUUACUUGUACUGAAUCCAAUGAAAAAGAAGCAUCCGAAGCACUAUCACAGUUGAGCACAAUUCUCGACUCAUAUCAGGAGCAAUCGCAUUUGCUCGAUCCCAGUCUCGAGAGCAUGGUCCAACCUGUCAUGACAAGGCUACGAAAAGACAUUGACAGCGACAGCGAUGGCUUGAAUGAGAACAUCAUGAUAUUAUUUCGAUUUUUGUACCUAUUGACAAAGACCCGAGGAUUUAAAACGAUUGUCAAAUUCAUGUCGCAUGAGGUUACUGAUUUAGAGCCGGUGUAUGAGUUUUUGAACAAGAUUGAUUCAGAGAAUACUAAACUAUGGGAGGCUCGCUACAUCUGCUUUAUUUGGCUGUUUCUGAUUUGCAUGAUUCCGUUCGAUCUCAAGAGAAUCGACAGCAAUCAAUCACAUCAGUCUUUGAUUGUCAACAUGCUGGAUCUAUGCAAGAAAUACCUCUGCUCCACUGGCAAAGAAAGAGAUGGCGCUAGUCUGUUGAUUGCCCGGUUACUGUCUCGACAGGAUUUAUGCGAUGAACAUAUGGUGCCUUUCAUUGAAUGGGCAAAGCAGAGACUGAGUACGGAUGCUGAUGUAUUUGAGACAACUGGUAUUCUUCAAAGUCUGUGCAUUACCUACCAACUAGCUCCUCGCAAAGUAUUAUUGCCCACAUUAGACGACAGUAUCAUCCCACUCUUGACCAUGCCGUUCUUUGAUCAAUACGCCAACAAUGCUCUUGUACGCAAACUGAAAACCAAAUUGACACAACGAGUGGGCCUCUGUUAUCUAAAACCAAAAGUAGCAGCUUGGAGAUAUCAACGAGGCAAUAGAUCACUGCGUCAAAAUCUAGAGGGAUCACUGACAGAUGGCGGUCUUGUGUCAGCAAAGCCUGGGUUGGUUGCAAAAGAUGGAACCUUGGAAGAUGAAGAUGACAAUGAGGAUAUAUCUGAUAAUUUGGAGGUCGUUAUUGAAAUUUUGCUGAACGGGUUGGGCGACAAGGACACUAUUGUCAGAUGGUCUGCUGCAAAGGGCAUUGGAAGAAUUACACAGCGUUUGCCUCAAGAGCUGGCCGAAGACGUUAUAGGCUCCAUCAUUGAGCUUUUCCAAGAAAACACCUUUUUGAACAAGUCUGACCAACUAGAUUUGUCAGCAGUAUCAGAUCAGACAUGGCACGGUGCUUCUUUGGCUGUAGCAGAACUAGCAAGAAGAGGAUUAUUGCUGCCUGAUAGAUUGAAGGAGGCGAUACCAUGGAUUUUGAGGGGCCUCAAGUUUGAUUUGAAGCGUGGAUCUCACUCAAUUGGUGCUCAUGUCAGAGAUGCUUGUUGCUACGUUUGCUGGGCAUUUGCAAGAGCCUAUGCGCCUGACAUCAUCCAACCUUUUGUCGCUGAAAUUGCUCAAAAUUUGGUCGUCGUUUCUGUGUUUGACAGAGAGAUCAAUGUCCGUAGAGCGAGUAGUGCGGCUUUCCAGGAAAACGUAGGCAGACAAGGCAUUUUCCCUCAUGGCAUUGAUAUCAUUCAAAAGGCAGACUAUUUUUCCCUCGGAAACAGAAACAAUGCAUUCUUGAGCAUUUCUUAUGACAUUGCAGAGUUUAAAGAAUACCGCUAUCAUUUGAUCGAACACCUUAUAUUCGUCACAGCCAGACAUUGGGACAAAUCCAUGCGCGUUUUAGCAUCCAAAGCACUGUACAGAUUGGUUUCACUUGACCCUCAUUACUUUAUUGACAAGGCAUUGAGCUACCUGAUACCCAACGCCACAAGCACUGAUAUGCAGGUCUCUCACGGUGCCUUGCUGGCCAUUGCAGAGAUCUGUUUAGCCCUUGUGGAGACCAAGGAUACUGAUAUCAUUGCAUUUUACCACAAGCAUACCACCUCUGUAUUAGCACCUAUUGUGUCGAAUUUGCCGCCAAAAUCACUCACCACAUUUGGAUCGGAACAUGUGCGAGAAGCUGCCUGUCAUCUCAUCACUUGCCUCUCUAAAAUGAAACUGGUAAUUGAUGCGACACAUCUGCAAGAUUGGAAGAAAAUGGUGCACACGUCUUUGGAGCGUAAGGAGGAAAGUGUGCAAGGCUUUGCUGUGCUUGCUUAUGGAGCCAUUGCUCAGUCCUACGGCCUCGAAAAUGAAGAGAUUGAGCAAGCACUAAAGAACGUUGACACACAACAUGCCAAUUACUAUAGUCGACGUGGCUAUGGUCUUGCUCUAGGCACAAUUGACUACCGUCAACAUGUGGAUUGGGUGCAUCGGGUUGUUAUUCAACUGUGCAAGUCAUCUCAAGUGCAGGUAGGCUCAUUUGCAGCGAGACGCAAGGAUUAUGUAACUGAAUACGACUUGGAACAGGAAAAUCCAGUGGCAAAUGAUGCUGUAUCUAAGCGUAAUGCGGUAAUUGGGCUCCAUGACAUCUUGAAUAACCUGGGCGAUGGUAUAAAAUCAGCUGUAUCUUACGACGACUUCCAAUACAUUAUGGCUUCCAUCGAAGCUUGUUUGACUGAUUAUAGUACGGAUCAAAGAGGUGAUGUGGGUUCUUGGGUCCGUAUACCUUCCAUGGAGCUUUUGAAUGAUGUCCUUCCUCGCAUGUCCAAGCUGGAUGCUCAAUCUCAUAGUCCGCGCUACCUUGAAAUGACCAGUACAACCAAUUUGAUAGCUGCUCUGCUGAAGCAAAGUGUUGAACGUAUUGAUAAAGUGAGAUCAAUCGCUGGUAAGGUGCUUUGUGAAUUGAUUUUGAACGCGGAACAGCUCCAGUAUCCUGGUCAAGACUACUUGAAAUCGCAUAUCCAUCAGAAUCUGCAGUGGUCUUCGCCAUCCGAUUUAUACCCUGUCAUGGUGCAUAUAUUAAAGAUACAAGAGUACCGACUUGAUUUAUUGACUGGACUGAUAUCGAGUGCUGGAGGCUUAACAGAGUCAUUGGUGCGUCACUCAAGUUCAUGCUUGAUUGAAUACAUGGACAGCUUGACCAUCACUGAGCCCGCAGAUCCUUCUUUGGAGGCUCUUUUCACAACACUUUUGGAUAUUGCUGUCAAGUAUGAGAAGCAAGAUCGUGUCACUAUACCUUUGCUAGAUGUCUUGGGUCUUUUGUAUGAGUCUGGCACACUGACCAAGAUCAACAACAACUCCUUGCAUUUGAAGCUCUUUACGAUUGUCAGAAAAGAAAUGUUCAAGUGUAGAAAUGUGCGCAAACUGCUGUCAUCCAUCAAAGUGUACAUUGGUCUGAUUUCUAUAGAUAAUUCGCACGUCAAAGUGAAGGCGAUACAGCAAAUGCUCUCCUAUCUUGUACAUGCAUUCCCAAGAAUCCGAAUUGAAGCUUCCGAUCAGCUGUUCACUCAAUUUUCUGUUUCUGAGGAGGCUGACGAAGACAUGGAUAUGAUGGAGGCUAUUGAAAUCAUUACAGGCACUGACUGGACUGAGCCACUGUCUCAAAUCAAGCCCCAAAGAGACCAGUUGUAUGCGCUGUUGAAGGUUCCCAAGCCAGUUCUUGUAAAGAAAUAA